AUGAUCCAAACCACGUUGAAGAAUUUUGUGGGUAUAUCGCCACCGGUUUUCCACGGUCGAGGCAUCUUCAAUUACAACUUUGGCCUAUUGCCGUACAGGAAACCAAUCAACACCGUUCUGGGAGCGCCGAUAAAAGUCACCAAGACCGAGCAUCCAACUCAAGAACAAAUUGACGAUUUACACAGGCAAUACGUGACGAAGCUACAGGAGUUGUUCGACACGCACAAAACCAAAUACGGAGUAUCCCCACAGACGCAACUUGUACUGCAAUAA